GUUCACACAGCGAAGCCAUUCAAGUUGAAUCGCCAACUGGGACUGGAUACGAUGAACAGACACAGCUUCAUAUGGGCGCUAGCCGCCUGCUUAAUUGCAUGCGCCAGCGCGAACGGCUACGGCGGACCACAGAAUUAUGGAUCUGUUGGUCAGGAGAGCUACGGCUCGGGCGGACAGCAAAGCUACAGCUCCAGCUCUGAUGGCGAUGCAGCAGCCGCUGCAUCCGCUGGCGGUGCUGGUGAUUUCGGCAAUGCUGGUGGUUUGGGCGAUGGUUCAGCCGCCGCUUCCUCUUUGGCCGGUGGCGCCGACGCUUCGAGCGUUGCCCAGCCAGGUCAGGGCACCUAUGGCUCAGACCAGAAUAUACCCUACAAACCGGUGAACACCAAGGGUAACACUCUCACCUCAUCGAUCACUUACCCACAGAACAAGGGCGAGAUUUUGAUCCAUCGUCCGGCACCCAUCAUUGUGCGCCGCCCACCCACCAAGGUGCUGGUCAAUCAUCCUCCAUUGGUUGUCAAGCCCGCCCCAGUUGUGCUGCACAAGCCUCCAGCAAUUGUGCUCCGCAAGGUAUACGUUAAGCACCACCCACGUCGCGUCAAGGUUGAGCCCGUGUUCGUCAAUGUGGUCAAGCCCCCAGCAGAGAAGUACUUCGUCAAUGAGAACAAGCAGGGUUACAAGAACUCAUAUGGCAGUGGACAGGGACACAGCGUUCUGAACAGGCCCGGCCCCAUUGUGUCCCCUGGUCAUCAGCUCGGCGGUCGCCAAGCUCUGCCCGCCUAUGCCUCUGGUGCCGAUAAUGCCGCUGCCAGCGCUGGCUACCAGCUGCUCCAGGGUGGCAACCAUGGACUCUCUGCUCUGGCCAACAUCGCCGGACGUGAGGGCAGCUAUGGCGGCCAAGGCGGCAACUAUGCCGCUCCCGUCCAAUCCGGACAUUAUUAAGCGCAUGGCCAACGACGACGCUAGCGACGCAUCUCGCUGUCGCUUCCAGCUGCCAGCUGCCAGCCCCACAACGGCUGGUCUUAGUUAGUAUGUAUGUUUGGACGCCCACAAGGCGGGCGCUCAGGUUUCAUUGCAAACAAAUAAAAAACAAUUUGAGAAAAAUCAAAGCAAAAAAAACCAA